UCAUGACAACCUCGGGGAGAACUUUUGGCUUCUUCACCCUGCUACUGGCUAUCCUCUGGCUUCCAAAACAUUCAGCAGACCCAGUUCUUUUGAGAGCUCCAAGGAUCAUAAAUGCAGAGUACGGAGGAUCUGUGGCUGUGUCCUGUCAGUACGACCCACAGUACAGAGGCUACACAAAGUACUGGUGCAGGGGGCCAGUAUAUGAGCUGUGUACGAUUGUUGUUAAAACGCCAAAGAAACGCCACAGUGACAGAUGCUCCAUCGCUGAUGACCGGGAGGCAGGAUUCUUCACUGUUACUAUGUCGUCCAUUAGACGAAGUGAUGGGGACAUGUACUGGUGCGUUGUUGCCCGGCCUGGAAGGAACAUUUUCACUAGCGUCAAGCUUGUCGUCUCCAACAAAGUGAUGGCACCAACCAGCACAACGCCAAAAAAUGAUUCAGAGCAAAACAACGUAUGGUGGUGGAAGCCUCUUCGAUGGAUCAUCUUUUCUUUUAUGGUGUUUAGUUUAAUAUCAGCUCAUAUAGCUGUGUGGAGGAUAAAGAGAGCACACAUAAUAUGUCACAACAGUGUUCCUCAACAAAAUUCCAGUAUUCAUGGGUGAAAGACCAUUAAAGAACAAGUGUGGAUUAUUAACAAAUGUUUCAUUACAAAUAUCCUUCAGUAGUCCACCAAUUUGGGAAUUAAAUCCUCCAUGCUGUGAAAAAUA